AUGCUGUGCCCUUUUCAGUUCCUAUUCAGACCCCAAACAGGUCGGAACGCUUCCCCCAAAGAGGAUAUAAACAAUAAUGUGGAACAAGCAGUCCUGAAGGUUCACAGCUUCACGAAAGAAGAAGCCACCAAGCUAAAUGAUCUGAACAGCAAACAGGACGAGAUGCCACGCAUCAUAACUGCAGGAGAGAAACCUCCGCAGAAUGGCAUCCGACCCAUGAACCAAAUAUCUGGGUGUCCGAGGCAUUUAAAAAUUAAAAACUGGGAAAAUGGAACCAGCUUUCACGACACGUUGCACCAGACGGCAAAGGGGGUUCUCAACUGCAAGGCCAAGGCAUGCCAGGGGGCCCUCAUGAACCCCAAAGGCUUGGUGAAAGGCCCCAGAGACAGCCCAGUCCCACCAGAAGAGAUUUUACCCCAGGCGAUAGAAUUCAUCAAUCAAUAUUACAAUUCAUUUAAAGAGCCACAACCAGAAGAACAUCAGCAGCGAAUGCAAUCAGUAACCGAAGAGAUAGAAACGACAGGAACCUACCAGCUGACGAAAGAUGAACUCAUUUUUGCUACCAAACAGGCCUGGAGAAAUGCUCCAAGAUGCAUCGGGAGAAUACAAUGGUCCAACUUACAGGUGUUUGAUGCACGUAACUGUACUACAGCCAAGGAAAUGUUUGAACAUAUCUGUUGUCAUCUUAAAUACGCCACAAACAAUGGAAACAUCAGAUCGGCCAUCACGGUCUUCCCUCAGAGGACUGAUGGGAAACACGAUUUCCGUCUGUGGAAUGGCCAACUCAUCCGAUAUGCUGGGUACCAAAUGCCAGAUGGCUCCAUCUUGGGAGACCCAGCUACUGUGGAGUUUACACAGUUGUGCAUCGAGCUUGGGUGGAAGCCCAAAUAUGGCCGCUUUGAUGUCGUUCCACUGGUUCUUCAAGCAAACGGCCAAGACCCGGAAAUAUUUGAACUGCCGCCAGAACUUGUCCUUGAAGUGUCAAUGGAACAUCCAAAGUAUGAAUGGUUUAAGGAACUCGAUUUGAAGUGGUACGCGCUGCCUGCCGUGGCCAACAUGCUGCUUGAAGUGGGGGGCCUGGAAUUUACCGCUUGCCCUUUUAACGGCUGGUACAUGGGGACCGAGAUAGGCGUGCGAGACUUCUGUGACGUACAACGCUACAAUAUCCUGAAGGAAGUAGGGAGAAGGAUGGGUCUGGAAACCAACAAACUUUCCUCGUUAUGGAAAGAUCGAGCGGUGAUAGAGAUUAAUGUUGCUGUACUUCAUAGUUUCCAAAAGCAGAACGUCACCAUCAUGGAUCACCACUCCGCAGCGGAGUCUUUCAUGAAGUACAUGCAGAACGAGUACCGCCUUCGAGGAGGGUGCCCAGCCGACUGGGUCUGGCUCGUGCCUCCGAUAUCAGGCAGCAUCACCCCCGUGUUUCACCAGGAGAUGCUGAACUACGUCCUCACACCUUUCUACUAUUACCAGGUGGAUGCUUGGAAAACACAUGUCUGGCACGAUGAGAAACGCAGGCCAAAGAAAAGGGAGAUCAAAUUUAGCGUUUUGGCGAAGGCUGCGUUCUUUGCAUCUACAUUGAUGCGGAAAACGACAGCAGCCAGGACCAGGGCAACCGUGAUUUAUGCAACGGAGACUGGGAAAUCUGAAACGCUGGCCAACAACCUGUGCGCCUUGUUCAAUUGCGCCUUCAACACCAAGGUCCUCUGCAUGGAUGAAUACAAGCUCAGUGAUCUGGAAAAAGAAACCCUCCUUCUAGUGGUGACCAGCACUUUUGGAAAUGGUGACUCUCCAGGCAACGGAAAGAAACUGAAGAAUGCCCUGCUCACUUUGAAAAAUCUGAACAAAAAAUUCAGAUAUGCUGUAUUUGGCCUGGGGUCAACCAUGUAUCCAGAGUUUUGUGCCUUCGCUCAUGCCAUUGACCAAAAACUUGCACAGUUAGGCGCCAUGCCGCUCACCCAAACAGGUGAAGGGGACGAACUCAAUGGCCAGGAAGAAGCCUUUCGCACCUGGGCAGUGAAUGCAUUCAAGACUGCCUGUGAGACUUUUGACAUCCGUGGAAAAAAUACUAUUCAGUUACCCAAGGUUUACACCUCAAAUGAAACCUGGAAUCCCAAGAAUUACAGGAUAGCACAUGACUCUCAGCCUUUGGACUUGAGUAAAGCACUUGGAAACAUACAUGCAAAAGAUGUGAUUCCCAUGAAGCUCAAGUUCAGACAGAAUCUGCAAAGUUUAAAAUCCAGUCGUGUCACCAUCUUACUUAAGCUUUCCUGUGAGACUAAUCAGGAAGUGCACUAUCUGCCUGGAGAACAUGUCGGGAUUUUCCCAGGCAACCAGCAAGAAUUAGUCAGUGGCAUCAUUGAGCACAUUAAGGAUGCACCACCAACUGAUCAGACCAUCAGACUGGAAACCUGCAAUGAUGGUGGCUACUGGACCAGUGACAAGAAAAUUCCACCCUGCACACUUUCCCAAGCCCUGACGUAUUUCCUGGAUGUCACUACUCCACCCUCCCAACAUCUGCUAAAAAAACUCUCCCAGCUGGCAACAGAGGAAGGAGACAAACACAGACUGGAAGUCUUAUGUCAUGUGAGUGAGUACAACAAGUGGAAGUUUUUCAACAGCCCCACCAUUUUGGAGGUACUGAAAGAGUUUCCUUCCACCCAAGUCUCCACGUCUUUUUUACUGACUCAGCUGCCUUUGCUGAAACCCCGGUACUAUUCCAUUAGCUCUUCAGGGGACAUGACGCCCAGAGAGAUCCAUUUGACAGUCGCAGUGGUCAACUACAGGACAAGGGACGGUCAAGGUCCUUUGCACCAUGGUGUUUGCAGCACAUGGCUGAAUACGAUAGAUCUCAGGGAGACAGUCCCAUGCUUUGUGCGCAGUGCCAGUGGAUUCCAGCUUCCGAAGGACCCCGCCAAGCCCUGCAUUCUGAUCGGCCCAGGGACAGGAAUUGCUCCAUUCAGAAGCUUCUGGCAGCAACGCCUCUAUGACUUAGAAAAGAAAGGAAUUAAAGGCAGCGGCAUGACAUUGUUGUUUGGCUGCCGGCAGCCAGACAUGGAUCAUCUCUACAGAGAAGAAACUCAAGAAAUGAAAAGAAAAGGAGUGCUGAAAGAGGUCUACACAGCCUACUCCCGGCAACCCGGCCAAGCUAAAGUCUAUGUUCAAGACAUUCUUCAAAGCAAGCUGGAGGCAGAAGUGCACCAAGUCUUACAUGAAGAUGAAGGGCAUUUGUACGUCUGCGGGGAUGUGCGCAUGGCCAGGGAUGUCGCCCAGACCUUGAAGGAGAUGUUCACAAAGAAAUUGAAGCUGACGGAGGAACAGGCUGAAGCCUACAUCUUCCAGCUGAAGAGCCAAAAGCGAUACCAUGAGGACAUAUUUGGGGCUAUGGUUCCACAUGAGGGCAAGAGAAAUGCAAGCACUUUGAAACCCACCAGCCCAAGAACCACUCAACGGUUAAUGUUUUAGCCAACAUUUGAAUGUGUGUGAUCAUUUUCUAACAGCAAGAGGUCAAAUUCUCCUUCCAAUGCAUGUCAAGACACACACAUACAUUUGCUGGCAGAAUUUGACCCUUAAAGAAAAGGCAACUUUUUAAUGUAAUUAAGCAUUUAUUACUAUUUAUUUGUGACUUCUUUUUGUCUAUUUUAUUAUCA